AUGAAGCAGCAACGGGAAACCACAAGGACCGCUGCGGCCGAUCGCGACCGAAUCUCCCUUGGCACACCAAUCGUUGUAUCAACUUACAAUGUCCGCACUUUACAUCAAACCGGCAAAUUCCACCAACUGUGUAGCGGCUGCAUUGAUGCAGGCGUCGAUAUCGUAGCUGUACAGGAACACAGACUCCUCUCUACUAACCCAAUAAAUGAAAAAUGGUCGGACGACAAAAACUGGAUGUUUAUCCACAAUUCUGCCUCGCAGAGCCGACAAGGAGGUGUUGGUCUUCUAGUUUCAAGACACCUUGUGAAAUGCAUUGUUAGCACAAAAUGCAUAUCAGACCGUAUCAUCGCGGUAUCUUUCAACGGCAACCCCCGACUUGUCGUAACAGUUGCAUAUGCACCAACAGAGAUGGCCGACGAAGAGGAUAAAGACAUGUUCUACGAUACUUUAAAAGAUUACACCAGUAACCAGAUCAAACGUCAUGAUUUUCAUCUCGUUCUAGGGGACCUCAACGCAAGAUUCGGGCGUGACACCCUUGAGGAAGCCCCGAGAAUCGUUGGUUCCAACUUAUUGCAUGAUAUCACAAACAACAAUGUUUCCAUUUUGGGUCCAAUAUUGUUCACUGACAGCUCAUCGCCUCUUGAUAUGCUUCAGAGGCUCAGCUUAACAUAA